AUGGACAGCAGGCCGCCACAUGUGGGGAAUGAGGAGGCCCAGCAGGCAACGUUGACCGGUACUGAGCACUCGGACAACGUCGAGAAGCACACGAUGCAGACCUCGCACCAGGAGCGACACACUGUCAGCGACGAACUCGCCCAUCUUGCCAACGCCGAGGAUCAUAAAGAUACCAAAUGGCAAGCCAUCCGUCGUAACCCGUGGGCUUUCGCAUGGUGUCUGUUUGCUGUCUGGACGGUUCUACUCGUCAGCUUUGAGAAUCAGGCGUCUGGAAACAUCUUGGGGAUCCCAGAAUUCCGCAAAGAUUUUGGGUUCUACUACGAUGGCAAUUGGGUACUGUCAGCAAAGUGGCAGUCUGCCUUCAGCGGUGCACCGAUCGCGUCACAAAUCGUGGGAAAUCUAGGCUCAGGCCAGGUCGCAGAUCUAAUUGGUCGACGUAAUACCUUGAUCAUUGCUCUAGUCAUCACCUUCGCCGCUAUCACCAUGGAGUUCGUGGCGACCACCAAUGAGCUGUUCUUUGGUGGCAAGUUCCUCAAUGGAUUUGCAGUCGGCACCAUUCAGACGGUAGCGACUACCUACGUUGGCGAGAUUGUGCCACUCGCCCUUCGAGGGUUGAUGACAUGUUUGAUUGCCCUCAGCUUCACCGUGGGUCCAUUUACCGUGGCUUUGAUUGUCAACAGUACGGGCACCUACGACAAUAGAUGGGCCUACCGUGCCGUGUUCUGCUCACAAUACGGCUUCGCUGUGAUCUCAUCCCUUUUUAUUUGGCGCAUGCCCGAGAGCCCAUGGUUCCUCGUCGACAAGCGUAAGAACGAGAGCAAGGCACUCCGGAGUCUCCAACGCCUUGGGUACAGUAGCAGCUCCGGAGAAGACGUCAAGCGCUUGGCCAACAUCAAGCUGACGCUGGAGCAAGUCCGCCGGGAGACCGACGGUGCAACCUACCUAGAAUGCUUCAGGAGAUCGAAUCUCCGCCGCACCAUCAUCUCGAUCACGCCGCUGUCCGUCCAGCAAUUCACAGGCAUUGUGUUCGCUGCAUCCUACUCCACGUACUACGCGCAGCUAGCAGGCUACAGCACCGCAAUGUCUUUCAAACUUCAAAUCAUCCAACAAGUGUUGUCCAUGUUCGGCAAUGUCAUCUCAUGGUACCUCAUCGAUCGUGUCGGCCGUCGCUUUCUCACUCUGUACGGCACAAUCGGUCUCACAGCUGUCCUAUGGGUGAUGGGCGGGCUAGCAGUCGGCGGCUCGCAGGGCGAGCUGAAGGGUACUGUUGCAAUGAUUCUGGUCUAUUGCUGGCUGUACAACGUCACCAUCGGCGCCACAGCCUUCACUGUCCUCACAGAGGUGUCGACGUCUCGGCUGCGCGCAAAGACCAUUGCUAUCGGGCUAGCUGUCCAGGGAUGCCUCAACAUCUUAUGGUCGUUCGUCCUGCCGUACCUCUUCAACCCUGAUAAGGCGGACCUUGGCGGAAAGCUCGGUUUCAUUUUCGGAGGUCUUUGUUUUCCUUGCAUCGCGUUCUUGUGGUGGUAUCAGCCCGAGACGCGCGGUCGUAGCUACGAGGAGCUGGAUGAGAUGUUCAUGAAGAGCAUCGCGCCCCGGAAGUUCGCUAGCUACACGACUGAGGCGGAGAUGAAGGGUCAAGAGGUUCAACAACGGGUCUACCCAGGGAAAGAGACCGCUUAG